CUGAAGAUCCAUAAGAAAACUCACACUGGAGACAAGCCUUACAGAUGUGUUCAGUGUGGAGCAGCUUUUACCACAUCAAGUAAUCUAAGGAGACACCAACGUAUUCACACUGGAGACAAGCCUUACAGAUGUGAUCAGUGUGGAGCGGCUUUUGCCCAGCAAGGUGCUCUAACGAGUCACCAACGUAUUCAUACUGGAGAAAAGCCUUACAGAUGUGAUCAGUGUGGAGCGGCUUUUGCCCGGCAAGAUGCUCUAACGAGUCACCAACGUAUUCACACUGGAGAAAAGCCUUACAGCUGUGAUCAGUGUGGAGCGGCUUUUGCCCAGCAAUGUGACCUUACAAGACACCAACGUAUUCACACUGGAGACAAGCCUUACAGAUGUGAUCAGUGUGGAGCGGCUUUUGCCCGGCAAAGUGCUCUAACAAUUCACCAACGUAUUCACACUGGAGACAAGCCUUACAGAUGUGAUCAGUGUGGAGCGGCUUUUGCCCGGCAAAGUGCUCUAACAAUUCACCAACGUAUUCACACUGGAGACAAGCCUUACAGAUGUGAUCAGUGUGGAGCGGCUUUUGCCCGGCAAAGUCAUCUAACAAUUCACCAACGUAUUCACACUGGAGACAAGCCUUUCAGCUGUGAUCAGUGUGGAGCAGCCUUUACCACAUCAAGUAAUCUAAGGAGUCAUCAACGUAUUCACACUGGAUAAAAAGUGUACAUUUGUGAACAUUUAUGAUAUCUAUUUUGAGAGUUCAGUUAAAAUGCACCAAUUUAUUUUAGUUAAUUUAGUUUGAAAGAAAUAAUUCUGGUGGUUACAUUGUGGGAAAAAUUUUGAAUAUUUUUUUAAAAAGCAGCAGAUUCUUACAGCUGUAAGAGCUGUUCAGUUAUAACCAGAUCUAGAAAAUGAAGUACAAGAAUUCAAUUCAAAAGUCUUUUAUUUGGAACAUGAUGGUGGUGUAAGUAACCGACAUGCUUUAAACAUAGACCCUUGUUAUUAGAUGUUAUGUUUUACACAAAGGUGAGACAGCCUGAUAGACAUUAGUUUAGUUAUUCUGAGAGAAAUACA